GUGGUAAGACGAACCGAGUCGAAAGCGGGAGGAGAAUAGAGACGAGAAACAAGGGAGAGAGCGUUGGUAGUGGCAAGUAUUAGCGUUACCAUCGUCAUCGUUGUCCUCUCUAACGCAGUCUCUUCGUUCGUCGGUCGACGUAUAUACAUACGAUCAAGUAAAAAGUUUCGGUUAAAUAUUGUCUUGUUUACAAAAAAAAAAAAAAAAAAAAGAAAAAAAAACACAAACAAAAACAAAAAAGUCAUUAGACAUAGUCUUUCCCUCUUUUAUCUUUCUUUCUCAUUAUUUUCUUUCAUUAUUUCCUUUCCAUUAUAUUUUUCUUUCUUUUAUUAUAUCGUGAACGUGCGCGCAUUUGCGCGCACGGCAAAGUAUGCGUAUCACCGAAAGAACUUCGUUGACCAGACCAACCGAUUCGCCUGAUUACGUUGAGUUUGCGAGUCUCUUGAGGACGAGAAGAGCUCGAAUUCGAAACUUUCAAUGCUGCAUUUGCGCAAGUCUCAUAGCAAUAUUCACGAUAGCAUUGGUCGUUACGAUCAGUUAUUCCAUGAGUCACAGUAAUCAAACAGAAGACGGAACAACUAAUCAGACAUCUUCGAGUACUGACUCGUCUGAAACGAACGAUGUUGCUAAUUUAAAAGUGGGUCUAACUACGGGAUUCGAUUCGCAUACUUUCUUCAGUACUACCAGUGCGAGUCAUUUCGUUUACGGAGCAGAUGAUAACAUUGAUUUUUCGCCAAAGCAGAAUCUGACAGAAACAGAGUUGAAGGAAGCUCUUACGGCUGGUCAACAAGCUGUACAAUUGAGAGUUUCUGCUGAUACUGCGGCAUUAUCUUCGCCUUUACCAUCGCCAUCACCAGAAUCGAGACAUCGAUGGGCAGUCAGCACGAGUGUCAACGUCGGUGGUUUAGCUUUGGCUGCCAUUGGCGAGAUAGCCGCUACAAAGCAAAUCGAAAGCGCGAGAUCAUUUUCAGGCAAACCGUCGGCGAUCGGUUGUUUCUUCGAUGGUGGUUGGGCACCGAAAGGUGUCUGCAGAGAAUUUCUGAAUGUGAAUUGCACCAUCGGCAAAUACAGAAAUUACGACGGGACCUGCAAUCGCCCGAAGCAAUGGGGUUCGGCUUUGAUGCCGUUUAGAAGAGUCCUGCCACCAGAUUACGCUGACAGAAUCGAUUCACCUCGAAGAGCACGUUCCGGAAAUGAGUUACCCUCGGCAAGGGAGGUCAGUCUGAAGGUUCACAAGCCGUCGCCCAGUUCAAAUCCUUCAUUUACCGUGAUGUUAGCCGUGUUCGGUCAGUUCCUCGAUCACGAUAUCACAGCCACAGCGAUCAGUCAGGGCGUCAACGGUAGUUCCAUCUCGUGUUGUCCACCUUCGAUCGGCCAUCCAGAAUGUUUUCCCGUUUCCGUUGGAUCGGGCGAUCCAGUUUACGAUAUUACCGGGAAAACCUGCAUGGAGUUCGUUCGUUCGGCACCGGCUCCUCAAUGUAAAAUUGGACCAAGAGAACAGCUUAAUCAGGUUACCGCUUUUAUCGAUGGCUCGGCGAUAUACGGCUCGGAUUCUCAAACCGCACAGAAUCUACGAGAAUUCUCUGGUGGACGAUUGAGGAUGCAAAUAACGCCGGAUAACAGAACUCUUCUACCGGCUAGUUUAAAUCUCAAUGACGGAUGCAAUAGAGAGGAUGAACGUUUAAGGGGACGUUAUUGUUUCCUCGCAGGAGAUCCAAGAGCGAACGAGAAUUUGCACUUGACGACUAUGCAUUUGAUAUGGGCAAGACAACAUAAUAAAAUUGCUGAUGGAUUGGCCAAUGUUAAUCCUACUUGGUCGGACGAAAAGGUCUAUCAGGAAGCUCGUCGUAUAAUCGGUGCUCAACUUCAGCAUAUUACCUAUGAAGAAUUCGUUCCAAUUAUAUUAGGUGAACAGGAAACGAAUCUUCGAAAUUUGAGACCAUUGACUUUGGGUUAUAGAAAAUGGAGCGAGAGUCCCGAUGAUCCAAUAAAUGAUCCAACUAUAGCAAAUAGCUUUGCCGCAGCGGCUUUUAGAUUUGCACAUACUCUUCUGCCCGGUUUGAUGAUGAUGACUAAUGCCGAAAAAGGCACUUCGUCGUACAUCGAACUUCACAGGAUGCUUUUUAAUCCUUAUAGUCUAUAUUCGAGCGAUGGCAUUGGUAACUCGGUAAUUUCGGCUACUAGAAAUGUCAUUCAAAGAACUUCAAUUCACGUCACAUCGCAAUUAACGAGACAUCUUUUUGAGGAUCCGAUUAACAACGUUUCAGUACCUUGCGGUCUCGAUCUCGUAUCGUUGAAUAUUCAACGUGGAAGGGAUCACGGACUACCUGGUUAUACUAAAUGGAGAGAAUAUUGUAAUUUGGGGAAACCCGAAUCGUUCAGUGAUCUGAUCGAUCACAUGGAUCCAGAAGCCCUCGAUGCGAUAUCAAAGCUAUACGAAUCCGUUUACGAUAUUGAUCUAUAUACUGGUGCAUUGGCGGAAAUACCGAAAACCGGUGGUAUCGUUGGACCCACUUUCACGUGUUUAAUUGCUGAUCAGUUCGUUAGAUUGCAGAAAGGAGAUCGUUAUUGGUACGAGGUACCUGAUCAAUCGCAUUCAUUUACUGAAGAACAAUUGCAAGAAUUACGUAAGAGUUCCCUGGCGAGAUUGUUGUGCGACUGUUCCGAUCAAGUAACCCAAAUUCAAUUGAAAGUUAUGCGAUCGAUCGGUGCCGAUAAUCCGGUGAUAUCCUGCGAGGAUAUACCACAAUUGUCUCUUGAACUUUGGAAGGAAGAUCGUCUAAAUGUACCAAUUCUAAAGACAGCUCCGUUCGUGGUGGAUUGGUUAAAUUUCAAGAAGACUUUGAACGAUACUAUUCAAGAAAUAGUGACAUUUAUUAACGAUACCAGAACCAAUCUACCACCGGCCAGUCCCGAUUGGCUUGCCUUUGGCAACGAACUAAACAAUACAUUUUCGGAGAUUAGGAACCAACUUAACGGAUUACAUCCGAAAAAGGAGCCAAUGGAAAUGACGGAUUACAACGAUGGGAAUUUUACAUUACGAGCUGCUCCUGGAGCAGCCAUGUUCAAUGAUUGGAUAAAUUUCAAAAUUGAACUCAUCAAGACGUUGAACGAUACCAUUGGCGGAUUUGGAGGUAUUCCACCGAUUACCGCCGAUUGGAUCGAUUUGAGAACGAAGAUCAAGAAUCAGACGUCCAAUUUAAUAUCCCAAAUUAUUUCUGCAAAAAUGGAUCUCUUUUCUAAGGUUCCAAUGAAAAAUAAAACGGCUGAGAUGAUUAAUGCAAGUAAAGAAAGUAUCGCUGCAAUUUUUGAUUGGAAAAAUUUCAAAGGCGACGUAAUCAAUUCUCUCGACGAUGCUAUCAUGAACAUUGCUACUAAUAUGCCUGGACCUGGUGAUCCAACUUGGGCCACAUUUGGAGAUGACAUUAAAGCUCAUUUCAAUGCUCUUCGCGAUAAGAUUAUCGCUGACACGUCGACUCUACCAACAGAGUUAGCUGCAGGAACAGGGGAUACGAUGACUGACUGGAUAUCCAUUAAAAGCGAUAUCUUAAAUACAGUAUCGAAUACCGUACAGAAUAUAGAAGCCGGUAUGCCACCUCCUGGUGAUUCCAUAGCUUGGUUAGCUUAUAGAGAUAAAAUUAUGAAAAGUUUUGCUACAUUCAAUAGUAAAUUUCCUGCGAACAAUAAAACUUUUCUAAAGAAUCCAUCUCCUUAUACAAACAUGCCGUUUGAAGGUGCACUAGCCGAUAUUUCGGGAAAAUCAAAAGACAAUCCUAUGACAAUGCAACUCGUAAACUUAACAAACGAUUGGCUUGAUUUUCAAAGUAAGAUAAACGCUUCUGUCGCACAGAUAAUCACAGAUAUUAAAAGCAAAGAUCUAAAGACGAUAGAUCCUAUUGGUUGGAUCAUUUUUGGCAAUACUUUCAAGAGCAAAUUUGCAGAGUUGAAAGACGAAAUUGUUGGUAUAAAAGCCGAAUGGGCUGAUUUCUUUGGUAUGGGUGAAAACAAUACCGUCAAGUCACCUACGUUUAAUCUCAAAGAAACCACUAAGGCUUGGAAAGCCUCGUCUACUCUUUACAAUACCGUCAAAGCUGCUACUUUUACAAAGCCAACGGUCUGGCCACCAACGAUCAUUCCAGCGGCCGACUGGAUAACUUUUAAAAACGAUAUUAACGACACGAUAAUGAAUUUUUUAAACACCGUUAAUACAACGAACGCUGAUUGGUCCAGUAUCAACGAUACGUACGUGAAAUCAUUCGAUGAUUUGAAAAAUGAGAUCGUAGCUUUAAAAGGAUUAAUCAUGGACAAUAUUACGGAUUCUAUUGCUGCCGCUGAUUGGAGCAAAUUUCAUACGCAGUUGAACGCCACUGUGAACGAUCUUAUUCAAAAUCUGAAGAACCCAACACAGGCGAACAUUAUGGAAAUAAUAAAGAUAUUGUUCGAUGCCAAAGAUAAAUUCUCUAUGCUCGAGCCACCGAUUUUGCCUUUGGCCAUUUCCGAAGCGGAUAAUUGGGCUUCAUAUUUUGUCGAUCUUAAUAAAACGGUCGACAACGCUUUGAAGAAUAUUGGUGAUUUAAAGCGUCCCGCGGCGACAGUCAAAGCAGAUGAGCCCGUCUCAUCAUCUUCUAAUAUCAUCAAAGUUUCAAGUUUCACGAGUUGCCUAAGUUUCGCUAUUGUCUUUAGCUUGUUCAAUAUUAUCUCGUUUUAUACGUUUCAUGCUAAAAUAGAGAGAUACGAAUAAUUACUAGGUUUUAAUAAGAUCAUUCAAUGGGUUUAUUAUUAUUUUUUUUAUAAGUAAACGGAUUCUUACAAAUUAAUAAAUAAUCAAAUCGACACUUUAAAGUAGGCUUAUUAAAUUAUUAAGGAAGUAAUACAUACAUUUUUUAUACUAUAAGAAAUUAUCAUUGAUAAUAUUAUCUAACGAGUAUUGUUAACGCAAUUAAACGUAACAAUCGAACAAAAUUAAACGGCCAGACUGAGAAGAAGAGCUGUACCACGUGUCACCCAUAAAUCAGCAACCUCCGAUCCAGUUUUUAAAUCGACAGUCACGACGAAAGCGGGACGAUUUUGAUCGCCGGAUCUUUGAGGGUAAUAAUAUGUCGGACAAUUGUAUAAUCCUAUCAGAAGGGACGUAUGAGCGAUAAUAAUGGUUUAAAGUAAAAAUCGGCAGAUUUAAAAAAGAGAUUGUCGAUUACUUUUUACCUUUAGUUUUUCUGAAACGUUCGGUAGGUUUAAAGUGUAUCACGGGCAUGUCGUAAACAAGCUGCAUCGGUGCUGGUUCGACGAGUGUCGCAUUUUUCUUGUCCCAUCCUGCUCCCUCCAAGAACAUUGAUCGCACGUAUACUCCAUCCUGUCAUAAUAAAGGCACUUCUUUUUUCUGUUUCUUUUUUCUUUUUCUUUUUUUUUUUGUUUUUUCCAGUCAUUCGCGCGAUCGUUUUAUAUUAAAAAUUGCAUAUAUAUCAAAUAUUCGGAGAAGAGAAAUGGCAAUCAAUUUACCGAUCCCUCGAUAGCAUACGAUAUAGUUAUCGAUUAAUGACGGAAUCGUACGAUUUGAUAUACGGAAACGUUCAAUCAAAUAGAAACAACGAGGCUGACGUUGAAAAAAAAUAAAUUGUUUCGUUUUGUUUCCCCUUUUUUUCUUUCUUCUUUUUUUUCUCCUUUUUUUUUUUUUUUGGAUUUCCUCCCCUCCCACCUCCCACCCCCGAGCCUCGGUUCCCUCGUCGUUGAGUAUACGUGCGUUAAUCAUUUUAUGCGAUAGGCAUCGUUCUAUAGUGAACGAAAAUCAAUUUAAGCGCUUUCGAUGAUGGCAGUGAUAAAAGUAUAAAUGGAUGUAUAAAAAUGUUCGUUAUUGUUUGUUCGUUUUUCUUUUUAUCUCACUAAUCGUUGAUUGCAAUCGAAAGGAAUGCAUAAAAUGGAGUUCUAAUAUUAAUAAAUUAACGUUUGAUUUAUCAUUAUUUGUUAUCUUUUGUCAUUAUAAUUUACCGUAGGUGAUUCGAUGAUGGCAGAAUCAUCGAUCGUCUGAACUAUGAAUUCCCAAGUUAACGAAUCAAUCGAUAUAUUCCACAUUCUUGCUGAAGUUUGCAAUACGGCUGUGAGGAAACCUGUUGGAAACGUAAACGCGGCUAGCCAGAAGAGCACAGGCGGAUGUGUGGUCUCAGCCCAAGUAGCGAAAUGCUCAAUGCGGCUGAUCAAAUCUCUGGUCCAAGCUCCGAGAAGCUUCAAAGAUGGAUAAGCGGUCAGCCAAAGGGAGGGAACUCUUCCUUCGUAUAUGCAUGUAAAAAUCUCUUCCAAGUCGGACGACAUCAAGACCAAACCGCGUAUACCACGUUGUAACUCAUUCAAACUGUUUCGAGUUUUCGUUAAGAGUACAUUAUAGCGACCUAUUUCUUGAAGUAGUACGACAUCGAGAGGUUUCUUGAUCGGCCCUAUCAAUCUAUCGAUUGUUUCAUAAUCUAUGUUCUUUGGUAUUUUUGAUAUAACAUCUAUGGUUAAUUGUAUCACCUUGAAGAAAGAAGAAGAAAAAAAGAAAAAAAAAAAAAAGAAUGAUAAACAUUAUUUUUUUCAUAUU